AAAAAUUGAAAGAGAAAGCCCAAAGUGGAGUGCAUAACCCAACUCUUCAACUUCUCCGCAGUGUGUGAAAUUACCAUUCUACCCAUCUGAAAGAUUCGAUAAUCGAAGGUGAAGAUUUGGCUAUGGCUUUUUCCUUGUAUAAUUAUCAAACAAAUUCUCACUGUUUACUGUUGCUGUGCCUGUCAUCGUUCUCUUCCUGUUGGUUGCCAUUGCAUUUCCGACCAAUUCAAUGACGGAACAGAUUAUGGAUGAAAUGGACAUUGAUGAUAUAGUAGAAGUUCCCGACACUCCCGAUAGACUAGCUACACAGCGGAUCAAUGGGAGGAGUGGCGUCAGAGAAGGAAAUCAGCGUUCAUCAUUUCCUUGUAAUAAUUCACUGCAGCAAAAAUUUCACGAACAAGGCUUUAAAGAAGAGCCAAUGGUAAUUGAGGGUGGAAGAAGAAAGCUUCCCCUGCAUCCUCCAAAACUUGCAAGCAGUUCUAGCAAUUCUCGAAAUCCCAUUAAUGCCACAGGGUUUACAUCGAAUACGAGUUCAUCUUCCUCGAGAAACGCACUCCUAUUUCGGAAAGGGGCGACCGAGAAGAACCCUAGUUUCCAAAAUCGUGUUUCCAAGUCUUCUUCUUGUCAAGACGAUAGUGUUAUAGAUCUUACAGAAAGGGAUCUGCAUAGACCUGGCAGUGGAAAUAUGCGAGCUGAGUUCGGGAAAAGAUCAGGAUUGGCUAAUGGGGCUUCUUCGUUGCAUGGGUUGACGAAUUUUUCAACUAGGUCAUGCAAUGAAAAAAGAGACGGUGUGAGUGGAGGUGGUUCAAGUACCGUCUUUGGAGAAAGACUCGAUUUUGUUGUUAAUAAUCAGAAAAAACCUGUUAAUAAUGGUUUUCUCUCUCGUGAUCCGAUUUCCUCGCCUAAAGUGAAUAAGCAAAAGAGAUUGGUACGAAAUGGAUGUAUAUCUCCCAAUAACAUAGCCAAGGCUGAGCAGUUGUCUGGAAAGGAUAUUAAUGGCUCUGUAGGUGUUGCAUGUUGCAAUAAUGGCUCUGUAGUGUCGAGUGCUCCACCUAUUUCUGUUGAUAUAAGGGAAUUGGUUGCUGAAGAUAGAAAGGGCAAAGGAGCGUUAAAUCAUUCAUGGUCAUCAAAGGGAUCUGAUAUAAAAAAUAAGAUUCCGUAUGGCAGGAGCUCUACCGGAUUCGAUAAGAAUGCUUUUGGAAGCAGUGAUCACAUCAGGGGUAAUGUAGGUAAAAGCAUUGAAGAAGUAAGUGGGUGGAGAAGCACUCGUAAUCGAAGUAGCGAAAUAAAUCUCUUGUCACCUGAUACGGAACCGUUUUCGAUUAGGGAAACCGAAGGUCUGAGAUUUUCCAGUCAACUCCAUGAUAAUAGGCUGGAAAGAAAGGGGAAAGCAAUUAGUGUUCCAAAUGGUGAUAACUAUCCGAAGGAUGCAAAUUCAAUCUCUCCAAGUUUAAAUGGGCCUGGGACCCGCCUGGGACGAUUAAAUGGGCCCCGUUCUGUAGCAGACACAUUUAUCAAAAGGCAGAAGCAGGGUGAAUGCUCUACAUCAGUCUCUAGUGAUCAAGAAGUUGUGUUUCUUAGUUCUUCUCAAGAAGAAGCCAAUCCGAAAUCUUAUAAUUCACGUAAUACAAACAAUUUACAACCAAUUAUUGAGGUUGAUGAAUCUUCUCCUGAAUUGAGACGUAACAAUGACCGUGAUGAAGAAGUUAGGGCAAGACAGGUUGAAGCGGAUGAAAUGAUGGCACUUGAACUACAAGAACAGUUUUACAGUGAAUUGCCUAUUUUUGGCGUUGGAGAGAUGGAUGAGAAUAUAGCACUGGCUUUGCAGAACCAGGAUGAUUCGAAUCUUGAUUUGCCUCGGGCAAGGCAUCCUUUAUUAGAUCCAGUACCAAUCCCCAAUCUGCAUGGACAAUCCCAGCCUCGUUCUUCGUCAAAUAUAACUCGUAGAGGAUCUCUAUCUCGAGCCGCGACAUCGGGGAGAAUGACUAGGCCAAGGAAUCGUUUUCCUGGACAACCUCGUACAAUGUUACCUUCUCGUCGAGGAAGAUCUUCCUUAUUCCCCGCAGACAUGGAUGUUGAUAUGAGAAUGCAUAUACUAGGAGCAUUAGAAGAGCUGAGUGGCUUGGAAGUUAGCCCUGGCAUGCUUCAAGCCAACCGUGAUUUUAAUGAGAAUGAUUAUGAAAUGCUAUUGGCUCUUGAUGAGAACAAUGAUCGCCAUGGUGGUGCAUCUACUCGUCAGAUUAACGGCCUCCCCCAAUCCACAGUUCAGAGUGAUAAUUUUGAAGCUUGUGCAAUUUGCCUUGAUACUCCAAUCAUCGGAGACACCAUCCGCCACCUCCCUUGUUUACACAAAUUUCACAAAGAUUGUAUCGAUCCAUGGCUGAGGAGGAAAACAUCUUGUCCAGUAUGCAAGUCAUCCGUAACCUAGGUGUGUUCGAGGAAUAGCAUUAUCAGUCCAAAAGUUGCCCUUUUUUGCAAAGAUUUUGAAUUGUAAAAAGAUCUUUAUUUAUUUGCCUAGUUUGUCGCAUAGAAAUUAGAAACACAAUAACGAUGCUCCUAUUUUCGUUUUUUGCAUAUUGGCAUUAUUGAAACAUAUGUACAUGCAUGAUGCAAAUCUUGUCAUCCAUGGAAAUUAUAAGUGAUUAGGUAUUGAAAAAGCUUUUGUACGGAUCGAAAGCUCUCCCGAGUUGGAGAAAUAAAGCUCGGUGUAUGAUCCCUCGGUUCCGAUUUCUAACUUUUUUCCUUUUAUGUUGGUUUUAAUUAAUUGAAACGCUUGAAUUAUGAAGUACUUAUUCAUCUGCCA